AAGCAUCGAGAGGAACACAUGUCUCGAAUCAAACGGAUCAGACGCAGCCAAAAUCUCGAAGUUUACUACCAGACGGUUACAAGAGAAGAAAAAGAUCUGAUUGUGAAGGCCAUGGGAAUGGCACAGGGACACUGGUUCAAGUGUCCAAAUGGUCACAUUUACUGCAUUACAGAAUGUGGUGGAGCAAUGGAAGAGGGCAAGUGUCCAGAAUGCGGCUCGAGAAUCGGAGGCCUUAAUCAUCAGCUGCGAUCUGACAAUCAGUUAGCUAGGGACAUGGAUGGGGCACGAUAUGCAGCCUUCUCUGACAUGGCUAACAUUCAAAACUUUGAUCCUCGCGACUUUAUGUAGAUUAGAACUUUUAAGUGUUAUUUUUGCGGAUUAAUUUAACC